AUGCAUUUUUCCGCCUCCUUCCUCGCGGCCGUUGCGCCCCUGCUGCUCCUGGGCACGACCUCCUCAGCCUUCCAGCACCACCCUCGUGACACAUUCACAACCUCCGUCGUCCCCCGCAGCGCCCUCUCCACCGGCGCAGCCAACGCCAACGCCGGUGCCGGUGCCGGCGCCGGUGCAGCUGUCGCGAGUGGUCAAGAUGCUCAAGAUCCCCAGGCCGCCCAAGAUGCCCAAGCCCAAGACCAAAACGCCCAGGGCAACCAAGACGACGAAUCCGCCCUAGAGCAAGCCGUCGAGCAGCUUGUAGGCGGCAAGCUCAGCAACUCAUUCCAUGUCAGACGGCAGGCCGCUGGAGCGGGCAAAGGAAAGGGCAAGGGCAAAGGAAAGGGUAAAGGAAAGGGGAAGGGCAAGGGCAAGGGUAAAGGCAAGGGGAAGGCGGGUGCUGCGGCUGGGGCUGGAGCUGGGGCUGCAGCUGGUGGUGCUGGUGGUGCUGCUGCUGGUGGUGCUGCUGCCGGUGGCGCGGCGGGUAAUGCCACGGAUGCUGCUGCGGCCGCGAACGCUAAUGCCGGUGAUGCUGCGAACGCUAAGGGUGUUGUUGGUAGUGGCGGCAUUGAGACGGGCAAUGCUGGAUCUAGCGGCGCUGCUGGUAAUGCCGGUGGUAAUGCCGGUGGUAAUGCCGGUGGUAAUGCCGCUGGCAGUUCGGGGACCGGCUUUGGGAGCACUGGCUCGGGUAGCACUGGCAGUGGUACCGGUUCUGGUGCUGGAACGGGUUCUGGAACUGGCUCCAGCACUGGCUCUGGGGCUGCCAACGGCGCGGGUACCGGGUCUAGCGGCACUGGGUCCGGAACUGGAUCUGGCACUGGCUCUGGUACUUCUGGUACCGGGUCUGGGGCCAACACCGGGGCUGGCUCCGGUACCGGCAGUGGUACCGGCAGUGGCACUGGCUCUGGCACUGGCUCCGGGGCUAACACCGGUUCCGGAUCCGACGCCGGUGAAAACGCCUUCAACUAA